AAUAAAGUUAUUAAUAUUUAUCUCAGUUUCCCUCCACAAAUAUUAAAAAGAUACAGUUUCAUUUUCUGUGGUUCAUAUGUCACCCUCCUCCUUCUCCAUCGCAUCCACCGUCUCUCCGGCUUCUCUUGCCGGAACUCUCGUAUCCAACUCUAAGACUGUUUUGGGUGGUAGUGGUAUAUAUUGGAAGAACUAUGAUGCUACCAAGACGAAUAGGAAUCUCAAGUACAGAGUUUGUUCUGUCUCUGGAGGGUCUAACACAUCUGUGGAGAAUGUACCUUUUCCUCGUGAUUACUUCGAGCUCAUUAACCAAUGGAUAUGUUGCAUGAAAAAAAUACAGGCCAAACAAGCAGUUGAAUUGGCUUUGAAGGACGAGAAACAGUUGAUGGAAAUUGAGUUCCCAACGUCUGGUCUUGCAUCUGUGCCAGGUGAUGGUGAAGGAGCCACAGAGAUGACAGAGAGUAUGAAUAUGAUACACCAGUUUUGUGACCGCCUUAUAUCUCCUGAAAAGGCUCGAACCACAAGAAUUUUCUUCCCGGAGGCAAACGAAGUCAAAUUUGCUAAAAAAAAUGUCUUUGAAGGAACUUACUUUAAACUGGACUAUCUGACAAAACCUUCUCUUUUUGAGGACUUUGGUUUCUUUGAAAGAGUAAAGAUGUCGGAUCGAGUGAAGCCUGAAGACGAACUGUUCCUUGUUGCAUACCCUUAUUUUAAUGUCAACGAGAUGCUUGUAGUGGAAGAGCUGUACAAGGAAGCUGUUGUGAACACUGACCGAAAACUAAUCAUCUUCAAUGGAGAACUUGACCGCAUACGUUCAGGCUACUAUCCAAAGUUCUUUUACCCAAAACUGGGUGCACUGACCGAGACACUUCUUCCCAAGAUGGAGACAGUUUACUACAUCCACAACUUCAAAGGACAGAAAGGAGGUGUCCUUUUCAGAUGCUACCCCGGUCCAUGGCAAGUCCUGAGAAGAACAAGAAACAAGUGCGUCUGUGUUCACCAGCAAGAAUCCAUGCCUUCUCUCAAGGAAGUUGCCCUAAACAUUCUUGCCUCUGCUUGAGUUACAUUCUUGUACUUAAAACUUCUUCAUGUAUUCACAUACUGUAUAGUAGUGUAUAUUAAAGUUCUAUAUGGGUUAUUUGUCAUCCAUAAUUGUAUAAUGUGAGUAUUUAACUUCGGAUU